AUCUUAAUAGCAUAUACAGUGAUUAAUGAAAUUGAUUUAAUCAUUGUUACGUUUCUUUUUAAUUCAUUAGCGAAGAUAGCUGUAGUAAGAUCAUAGAUAUUUAUUUUUUCGCAUCAUUGAUAAUGAAAAAUCGCAUUCAUCGAUUGCCUUCUUCGAAUCAGUUAGAUAAUUGUUAUAGAUAAUUGUUGUAUGAUACAAUAAUCAGUUAAGCCACUGUAUGUUUUGAAAAGCAUUGUUUAGAUGAUAGAAAACACAUUAAUUAACCAAAAACAUUUUCAACUGUUUAAAUUGCAUCAUAAUAUAAUUGUUACAAUAAUUGCAAUGUUGCAAUAAAUGCACGCUGUUUCCUUUCACAAUGAAGUAAAUUCUAAGAACUGUUCCGUUACCAGUCUCAAAGCGACAUUGCACGAGCACUUAAAAGAGAGAUUUCAACGGACAGCGCGACAUUGAACGCAUAUUUGACGAAAUAAACAUAAACAUCAGCAUAACGCGAGCAAGUGCCCGGUGAUGUAAUUCACAGAAUGCGCUGACACUGAGCGUUAUUACACGUUAUGACCUCAUGUAGUCUCGUAAGGUACGUCAAGAUAGCCACCGCUCGGGUCUGCCGCGCGAAUUAAUUAAGGACUGUAAAUUAUUCGCUGCGGGUCACCAUGUGCUCGCGAUUGUGCGCAACGCUGCUCUCGAUAUUAAUCUUGCCUGGAACACGCGCGAUUCGAGCGUUCGAUGGGGAUACUUUACCGUCAAAUAUCUCGGAAAAACUCGACAAUUAUUGGAAAACCUACAAGACGCAGUUUAAUAAGACGUACGCAAGAAAUCUAGAAAACGCGAGGAGAGCGGCUUGGGAAGAAAAUCUUGUGGAGAUUUAUAAACACAAUUUGUUGGCUGCCGCAGGGCAUCAUAGUUACACACUGCGGGAUAAUCAUAUUGCCGAUCUCAGCACUCGCCAAUACAUGCGCGAAAUGGUGAAGCUGAUGCCAAGUCAGAGACGCCGACUGCCGAUCGAACCGAUAGUAUCGGCGGCUCUGAAAGAUUCUCGCAACAUACCAGUAAGUCUGGAUUGGCGCGAAUGCGGUUUCGUCACCUCGCCGGUGAACCAACGGAGCUGCGGGAGCUGUUAUGCUUACUCGAUCGCGGAAAGUAUAGAGGGCCAGAUUUUUAAGCAGACCGGCAUGCUGCUGCCCGUGAGCGCACAACAGCUGGUAGAUUGCAGCACGACGACCGGAAACCUCGGCUGCAUCGGCGGCUCCCUUAGGAACACUUUGAAAUAUUUGGAAAAGUCGAAAGGUCUCAUGUCUGGAUCCACGUAUCCCUACAGGGGCCAGCAAGGGGAGUGCAAAUUUCAGAGGCACCAGAGUGUCGUCAAUAUAACUUCAUGGGCAAUCCUACCGGCACGGGAUGAGAAAGCUUUAGAAACAGCAGUGGCGACAAUCGGUCCUAUAGCCGCCUCUAUAAAUGCCAGCCCGAAGACAUUUCAGCUUUAUCACAAAGGCGUCUACGACGAUCAUCAAUGCAGCUCGGACAUGGUGAACCAUGCGAUGCUCGUUGUCGGAUACACGCCGACCGAGUGGAUCCUUAAGAACUGGUGGGGCGAAAGUUGGGGUGAAAACGGCUACAUGCGAUUGGCGAGAAACAAGAAUCGCUGCGGCGUAGCAAACUACGCGGCUUAUGUGAAAGUUUAAGAUAUAUUUCUUUUCAAAUUUGAUCGAAGAGCAUCGCGUAUCUCAGAAAAAUACUAAUUUUUAUAUUCGAAACACACAAAAAAAAACAAGUCGUGCGAUAAAUCGAUAGAUAUUUACGGCGAUUGUCCAGCGAAAUAAAUAAAUAUUGUUUUCCCAUAUUUCUUACUUCCUCCACCUAGGUAUUUAUUACUAUUCUUCUCA